AUCACUUAUUUACCCGGUAUAUGGACGUACUGGGGCUUUGUAUUGUGAGGUGACCUUGCUUGCAUCAACUACAAUUAAAUUAGUUCCGCGUCAAACACGCGAUAACAUUACGAAGUUUAGACGACACCCCUCCCUAUUUCCUGGUAUGGGUUGUUGGUGUGCAAACGGGAAGUCGGUAGUGUGAAUACUGUGUCAUUCCAACUCCAUACUAUAGUGACUUCAGUGUGUGUUGAUGGGUAUAAUGUAUGUGUGUAUGUAGAUGGACAGCACAGAGUAUCACCGCGACGGAUUUAUUUUAAUCGCCUGCUUUGAUUACACAAUCAUACAUCUGCCAGGUCUGUGCAGCACUUGUCGCCAUGCCCUAUCAUGUGUAGGUAGCGGAUCAUGCCGUGCCCACGGUUGUCAGAACAGUUCACUAAAAUGUGGAUCAUGACGUCGUAAUUUGUGACCUGCUGUCCUUAUGUCAUCAUGACCUUUUCGUGUUACCAGCAAAUAGUGUGCUACACUUGCUGUAGUUGACAUAUCCUGAAACUCGAGAGUAUCGACCGUAUCGAUCGAUUGGCUAGGCCAAUUACAAGUAGCACAAUGUGCUUUCUCAUGAGGACUAUUAAGACCGUUUGUCAUCAUGGAAACAGCACAAUAUUUAGGCUUCAGUUUUCAGAAGAGGUCAUUGCCAAACAAGGGAUGAACUGUGAUCGAUAGGUCGUGUUGGACAUGGUAUAUGUAUUGAUAUGAUGUUCAUUAGUAGCGUCAAACUCGGGGAGCUGCCCUCUCGAAUCCUGUCGAUAAUACAGCCCCAUCGCAGUACAGUUGAAGCCCGACACGUCCCACCUGCCUUCAGAGAGCCCUUCAUCCUCACCGGAUAUCGUCGACCGAACCAGCCCUGGAGCUACUACUGGAAGACACUGUUCCACGUCCACAACGAGAGCCUCAACGUCUGGUCUCACCUGCUAGCCACCCUACUCAUACUCAAACACGUCUGGUCUUUCUCACAAACUUUUGACUUAAUCGAGGAUAAAUAUGGCUGGUCAUUGGUCGGGUUUAGUUUGGGAUGUUUCUUUGGGACAUUAUUUAGUGCCAUCGCCCACCAGUUCCAUUCAAAAUCUGUCUGGUGGCAUUAUGUUCUCUUCAUGAUUGACUAUGGUGGCGUCACGCUUUACACCUUCGGGACUGGAAUAGGGUGCAUGUACAUCUGUUCUCAGAGAUACAUGUACACCAUCAUGGAACCGGUUUUCCUACCUCUCAACGUUUUCUUCAGCUGGUUUACAUUCUACGUCUGUUGCAUUGCCAAGCUCAAGUGCGCAUCCACAAAUAACGGCACCCGGUAUGUCUUCAUGCUCGCCGCUCUGCUGGUCUACGCUCUGGUAAUUUCAAUACCGAUAUUUGCACGUUACUCGGAAUGCAUGACGACGCCAGGUUGUUCGCUCGCAUCCCUCAACCACCUGACCACGUGUUUUCUCCUGCUGGCGAUUUGUGCCAUUCUGUUUUCCUGCCACACCCCAGAGCGUCUGUCGCCAGGACGGUUUGACCUUGUCGGUCACGGACACUCCUUGUUCCACCUGCUGUGUCUGGUGACCGUCAGUAUGCAGAUGGAAGGAGUCCGCGUCGACAUCAAGGCAGGGGCUGCAGCUCACACCAACCCCAGCCUAGGGAACAUCCUCACUGCGUACGCCGUCCUCAUGUCCGCCGAGGUCCUCACCCUUGUCAGUCUCAGGGGGGAUAUAGCCGCCAAGGCUAAGACAGAAACCCUACACUGGUUUAAAACACGAACAAAAUGCAGAUAAUAAACACUGUUCCUCCUUUAUUUAUAUUAUUCUAUUUAUAAUAAAUAUUUACAUGACAAAAUGA